UUUUUAUUUCCUUAAGCCGAAACCUGAUCUCCCAAAUUUUUUUUGUUGCGGUAUCGCGCAUUUACAACUUCUACGGGUUCUUGACGCUUGCGUUGCAGAAUCGGAACAUACUUUCUUGCAUGUCUUAAUUCACCAUCACCCGUGUUCAUGGCUGUACCGUUGUCUUUCUGAGUGCCGCAAACCUGAAGCGCGGUUUCCGCCUUCUCUUUCAAGAACACGGCAAGCUGUUCGCGAAGAACAAGCUUAUGCCAAUUCGCGUAUGUCUGCUCGUACAACUUCUUGGCAAACUUGGGACCAACGUUCUCUGGAACCUGGGGAUACUCCCACUGAAUGUUGUCAAAUACGCAAUCAUAAAGUACUAAAGGCAAAUCGCUUGCCAUAUCGUAUACGGGCUUGCAAGGAUUUUUUUCAACGUUUAGAAGCUCACUCACAAUGUCUACGGGCUCAAGAUGCUGACCCACAAGAAAAAGGAUUGCCAUCAUGCAUCGAACUUGAUGCCAAAGAAAGGCAGUACCUUGUAAAUCAAAAGCGUAUAAUUGUUUCUGAGGAUCCACACAAAUAAUCUUUGAAUGUAGAAUACCUCUGUUGUAAUUGGUAAUUUGUUUUGAAGCAUCAAUUUUGCAGAAGUUGCGAAAAUCAUGUUCACCCAAGUAUAGAGCUGCAGCUUGAGACAUUCGUUCAAUGUCUAGCUCACCUCCUGGAUAUUGUUUUAGGAAUAGGUAUUUGUAGUGUCUGCGCACGCACGAGAACCGGGCGUCGAAGCCUUCCGGGGGAUUUGGUGAGUAUGCUAUUACGCGAAUAUCUUCUGGAAGUAAACGGUUUAACACAUCACAAUAAGCAAUCGGACGUUCCUCCGAGUACCGAACAUUCAACGACACGACUUGACCCAUGGCAGAAACACCUUUGUCUGUUCGGCCACAUCGACUAAAGGAACAAGUACUGGGGUCUUUAAUCAAGUGAGCUCGCAUCAGCGCUUCAAACAGUUUUCCCUCAACAGUUGGAAGUGGCGUGGGUUCCGUUUGAAAAGCUAGACCAUUGUAAUUCCAACCAAGAUACGCAAAUCGAAGUGCAAUGAAUUUUGUUUUAUCCAGCAUGAAAGGACGAACUGCUUUCCGCUUUUUCAAAGAAGGAGCUUCUAGCAUUGCGUCAGCAACAGAAACACUUGCAGCUUCCCGCAUUUCCGUAUCUAUUUGAUUAACAUUUUGGCCAGAUGUUUCAGCUAUUUUCUCAAGUUCGAGAAUUCGGGAUAUGAGCCGUUCUUUUGACCAGCCGUAAUACCGUGCGGCAUCCAUAAUAAGCGGUUUUAUUUUAGCGAAAAUUGUGAAUUACAGGAAUGAAACCUAAUUGUUUAUAUACGUAAACUGAUUUUUUAAAAAAAAAAAAAAAAAAAAAAAAAAAAUACAGUUCUCCAACUGAAGGAAUUCUUUCGCGAAUUUUUCAGUCUUUCUUUUAUAAACAACAGACUGGUGUCCUGAUCUCUGUUAUGUUUCCCUUCUUCUAUGAGACUGUAGUAAGAAGAUUUGGAUAAGCGAAAAGCGAACUGGCACAGUCAGUAAGAAGGAAAAUGUGAAAACAGAAAUUGGCCUGAAGAAUAAAGUCCAAUGUCAUUUACAGCAGUUAAUUGUUACUAAAGAGACCGGAUUUGAAAUAGAAUGAUCAUAUUCACUUGAUAUUGAGGUUUCCUUGCUAUUAUUGAGACAACUUCAAAAAAAGACAACAAAGUCCAUUAAACAAACCAAUUAAAAAAAAAGUUUCGUUUUAUUUUUCUAUAAUAGAAUCCUUUUGGAUGCACAUAGAAAAGAGUAAUCCUUUAAUUUACAAUUCGACUACAACGAGUACAAAUAUGUCUCAUUUGAAUAUUUACUGAACAGUAACCUCACUCUUUGUCGCAUUUUUCUAUUCAAUUAAUUAGAAAUCCCAUUAGUCAAGUUAUGGACUGUUUCAUGUGCUCGCAACAAAUGUUUUGUUUUUCUUUGCUUACCAGCAACUGACGCAACGAACCUGAAAACACAAAACGACAUAGUUUCCGUGCACAAGGAUCCACCAGGAGCCGAAUUGAUACUCAAACAAAAAACAUAUGGCGCAGAAGUUAUUUUCUUUUGGGAGGUCACUGGCUUCUUCCAACGCAAAAAGACCAUAUUUCUAUCCAUUGUCUAAAUCACCAGUAAAGGUAUUGCGAGAACGAGGUGAACGAAUUCGUAAAUUAUACAAAUGUCCGGUUUCCAAACUUCCAGUUGAAUAUGAAUGCCCGGAAUGCGGAUUUCCAACACAUCAUUCUCAAAUAGAAUGGAAAAAGGAUACAUCGAAGGAGAAAUUCAUUCCUAAGCUUCGAGAAAUUAAUGAAGACGAACACGACCUUGCGCUAAACCCAAGGACAAGACAGCUCUUUGACUUGCCAGGUGAGAAUGAUCCUGAACAAUCUGUUUCCUUUUAUUCUUGGGACUCAUUUCUGUAUACACGAUCCUUUCAGUCAGUGGACGAUGCUCAACAACGACGACAUCUGUCCCGAUUGCUUACUUAUCCCAUUACACUGGCUGCUAUUCUGCACGAGUUAUCUCCAUACACCCUUCGUGAUCGUUUAACACCUCAGGGUCUACAAUCUCUUAGCGCUAUUCGAAGCAUUCUUCAUCGGUAUCCCAGAGCACAGAGCACUGAUCCACGCCCAACGCGAAUCUUUAUCAUUGGCGCUCGCGGAGAAAGCGCUCUUCCGCUAAGUAUAUGGUACCAAGGACUCAAUUGCUUGUUUCCUAAUCGCUUGUUUCAGCUUCACUUCAUCGGACCAGAAGUCAUGGAACCAGUUAAAAAGGAAUGGCUUCCUUCGAGUAUAGAAGCUUUCUACUAUCCUCAACGUUACCAUGAAUUGCAUAACGUAGGCACUUUCGAACCAUUUGAUGCGUAUUACGACAUAUUUUACCUACCAACUCCUGCGUUUUCGCAGCCGGUUUAUCGAAAUGACUGGAUUCCUACAUUACAUGCUCUUGUGGAAACGAGAUGCCCCAUCUUCCUAACAAGUUCAUCCGUUCUAGAAAUGGAGAACGACGUAAAGACACUAAAAAAGCACUUGGGACCUAGUAUCGAACCAACAUUGACUCUAGGAACCAACGUUUUCGCUAGUCAAGCUUGGUCUGUGAACGAUGCUAAUCUCCACGAUAUUACUCACGUAAAUGCUCAGGUGUAUGGCUUCCGUGCUACUCAGUACAACGUCCAGGAAGUGGAUAUUUAAGUUGAGUAAAAAAGAAGCUAAACGACCGCAACAAAGUGCAAGUGUUUACGACAUGACUAUUAAUUUAUAUUAUGAAACAACAGAAUGAAACGAGGACGUGCACACGAUGAAGUAAUCAUUCCUGUCUCUUUCUGCUUGAUUGCCGUCCUCGUAAACGACCGCUAACUUUCUAUCUCCUCCUUUCCCCUAUUGUUAAUAAACAUGAGAAACCAUUACUAGCAUAGCACGACUACAUAAACAAGAGAUCUGCGUCAGUAAAAGCAGCAGCAGAGAACAGAAGACGUAAAUGAACGGGAAAUUGAGCCGGUUGAAUGGAUGAAUAAGCAAACAUGAAUAUGCCGCCCUCCCAUAUAGUAACAUCCAGUGGUACUAUUGCUUACAGAUUGAAAGAAAGAACAGAACCGCGCAAAAAAGCGAGGAGAGAGAGAGGUCUACACAGCGGUUGUAAACAUGCAUCAAUGUAGCUGUGAAGAAUAACGUUAAGAGAUGGGACAUUAAUACUCUUUAAACGAGUGAGAGUGUGCGUGUGAGUGUGUGAAUGCGUGUGUGUGUGC